GAAUCAAAACCGGAAGUCGGUGUAGAAGUAAACAAGCUAGGCAUGAACACAUUUCUAGAAUAAAUAAUAAAGUUUUUCUCAAAAAAUAAAUUGUUUUAGUUAAUCGGUUUGCUAUAAAAUAAAUCAGUUUAUUAAAAUGGAAGCGAAAGGAGAAGGGGAGAAUGUGACCUCAAAGAAAGCACUGAAGAAGCAGCAGAAGGAAGCAGAGAAGGCUGCCAAGAAGGCCCAGUACAAGAAACAGGACAGCAAAGAAAAUGAGCAAAGUGUUGCAGAUGAGAAGGACAUAUCGGAGGGCUGUUACGGCACUCUGCCUCUGAUCCAGUCCCAGGAAAGAAUUGAGCGAAAGAUAUACCCCCUCCAGGAGCUGACACCCACCCUGGCUGACCAGAAAGUCUGGGUACGGGCUCGUCUACAAACCAGUAGAAGCAAAGGCAAGCAAUGUUUCUUUGUGUUAAGACAGCAGAAAUGGACGGUGCAGGCACUCGUGUCUGUAGGAGAAAGAGUCAGCAAACAGAUGAUCAAAUUUGUAGCUGGUGUGAAUAAAGAGUCAAUCAUAGAUGUGGAGGGUUAUGUGCGCACAGUAUCCAAGAAAGUGGAGUCCUGUACUCAGCAGGAUGUCGAACUUCACGCUGAACAGGUUUGGAUCGUGAGUUCAGCUUCACCACGGUUACCAUUGCUGGUAGAGGAUGCUUCCAGGCCGGAGGGUACCGAUGAUGCCUUGGCCACAGUAAGCCAGGAGACGAGGCUGGACAAUCGCGUUAUUGACCUACGCACCACAGCCAACCAGGCAAUAUUCCGUCUCGAGGCUGGUGUAUGUAAACUCUUCAGACAAUUCCUAGAUGGCAAGGGAUUUGUAGAGAUACACACUCCCAAAAUCAUCUCAGGUGCAUCUGAGGGCGGGGCUAACGUAUUUGAGGUGACAUAUUUCAAGGGGAAGGCGUUUCUUGCCCAGUCCCCACAGCUGUACAAGCAGAUGUGUAUAUCAGCAGACUUUGAGAAGGUCUACACUGUUGGAGGAGUAUUCCGAGCGGAGGACUCAAACACCCAUCGUCACCUGACGGAGUUUGUGGGUGUAGACAUGGAGAUGUGCUUCAACUAUCACUACCACGAGGUCCUUGAUGUACUGGACCAGCUGUUUGUUGCAAUAUUUAAAGGCCUUAGAGACAGAUAUUGUGAAGAAAUUGAGACAGUUAACAGACAGUACCCAGCUGAACCAUUCAAAUUCCUAGAACCAAGCCUUCGAUUAGAGUACAAAGAGGGUAUUGCUAUGUUACGUGAGGCUGGAAUAGAGAUGGCAGAUGAUGAAGACUUAAGUACACCCAAUGAAAAACUCCUUGGUCGGCUUGUCAAAGCAAAGUAUGACACAGACUUCUAUAUCCUGGACAAGUUUCCUCUGGCUGUGAGGCCCUUUUACACGAUGCCAGAUCCUAGUGACAAUAAAUGGUCAAACUCGUAUGAUUUCUUCAUGCGAGGGGAGGAGAUCAUGUCUGGUGCCCAGAGAAUCCAUGAUGCCGUGUUCCUCGCGGAGAGAGCCAAAGUCCAUGGCAUAGAUGUGAAGACUAUAGAAGGUUACAUUGAUGCCUUCAAGUAUGGAGCACCCCCUCAUGCUGGCGGUGGUAUAGGUCUGGAGCGUGUCACGAUGCUGUACCUGGGUCUUCACAACAUCCGGAAGACGUCACUGUUCCCUCGCGACCCCAAACGCCUGACACCAUAAAGCUCACAUGGGCAUUCAGGAUGUGUCCCACACCCCCUUCUGUGCUACUCAUGGACACAGUCUCUCACCACCACACUACAGGCAUCAUAAUCUCAGACAUUUAUAUUUACUUACUUUUUUGCAAAUUGUUAGAAAAGUUUAUACAAUAAAAAGUUUUCCUGAAUUUCUAAUAUGUAGCAAAUUGCUUAAAAUAUUAAUUGUUUGGUCAAUAGUGCAUCGCCAUUUUGCAUUAUACAAACAAGAUCAUGAAGCUCAUGCUUCAAAUCAAAGGAUUUAUUUGUAAUCUUUAAACUUGUUGAGGUUGUUAUGUUCAUGAUCAUGAAAUAUACCAUUUUAACAGAUAUGAAUUUGCUUGUAACAAGCAAUAAACCGUAUAAUAUGUUCUUCAUCAUUUUUUAUAGUGUGGUAUAAUGGUUUUAAAGUGCUUUUUGUCUGUGCAAUGUGACAUUAACUAUAUACAAGUCAGAUGUGCUAAAUAAAUAUUUUCCUUGUA